AUGGACUCAGUCAGGCGGGCAAGGUCACCUGCAGCAGUCUUCCGAAAGGCUGUUCGAAUCCUUUUCUCUUUGCGUGAUUCGACUGCCUUGCAAUUGGCUGCUUUCAAAAGGCUUUGGAGCCGAUUUUGCAAUGCAGAAGACGAGGCUCAGGCUUCACGCAUCGAGACAAUUCUUGCAGGGCACUCAGCUAUCUCGCCAGAGGUAUUUGCUGUAGAAGCUUGUCGGGCUUUCUGUGUUUUGCAGUUGCAGCAUUCUUUGCAAAAGGCGAGCUCUUUGCAGGGCAUUGUUGGGAAUCAGCACUGGGCACAGGCAGAGCAGUGGCUACUUCAAGCAGUGUCUCAUGAGCACAGUUGGUAUGUGGAACUGGUCUUGCGCUAUACCUUCAGCCAUGCUUGUGAGCCUUCAGAUGCUGGACUUGGCCACUAUCCUGAUUUCAAUCCGCGGCUCAAUAUGGAUUGGGGCGUGCCGCCCCUCCAGCAAGGUGUUCCGGGAGGUGUCAGGGCAAACCUGAUUCUGCAGCACUUGCGCCUGUGGCAACGAGUCGACGAAGCAACUAGGAGGCACUCUGACGGGCUUCCAGAAACAAUUCUGAUGCCCCUAGAUGUGACAUUGAAGUCCUUGCAAUCGCAAGUAAUGAACCAGGAAUUGACAGUGCAGCGCUUGCUGAGCCUUGCAUCGUUGGACAAAUGGGCCAGCCCUGGUUUGGUUGAGCUGCUAGGUCGGUUUGGCCCGCCCGCAGAGCUUGAACCCACACUGAAGCGCGUGGUCGCUGACGUGGGCUUCAUGCUCCAGUUUGAGAGAGCCUGCACUGACUACUUGCCAGCGCUCGCCGACAGCCUGGGGCAAUUUGCAGGCGAAUUGCGGCGCCAGUUCGUGAAAGACAGCUGUCAGACGGCAGCGCGGGGGGAAUUUCAGCAGAGCGUGUCAGAGCUUGCAGUUUGCGUGGCACAGUUGGAUCCUGCAGCCUGGGACAAAGACUUGGGCUUGGGUGCCGAUCCAGUCUGCUAUCGAAUUCUUGCAGCUGCCAUCGAGACACUUCACCUGGCCAAGUAUGGCAACCACAGGCCUUUGCAGUCCAUGUUUGAAGAGUGCAGUGCCGGGCAACAAAAGAACAAUGGGCUGGAGUUGGUGCUCACGUGGUACCACAAGUUCAUGGGUGUUUUGCAGCAAUUCAUUCAGCUGGGGAGCAAGGAGGCAGGAUUGCCGGCAAAGCUCUUGUGCGCCAUCGAAAAGCACUGGCACGGAGUCGCCCCGCAGAGCGUUCCCAGGAUCCUGAACGAUCUCCAGCGUGUCAACCCAGACUUGUCAGGCAACUUUUCCGUUGUCGGAGAUGGCUUUGUUGGAGAUCGUUUGGGACAGGUGCUCAAAGGCAGGCAGACAGCAGAGUUCUGGGACUCUCUUGGCAAGGUCCUGGCCUUCUUGUGUGGAGAUGAGGUGGAGAGAGGCUUUUCAGAAGCCACCUGCCGUCAAGAGAAGUCCCUGCAAGCAUUGCACGCUGCGUUGAAGACCCCCGACACGCAAGAGGCUUUAAGCGUGGAGGACUUGGAGAAUGUGGGCACCGCCACUGAAAGGACUCUCUCGCUGUUCACCUUCUUGGAUGCUGGAAGCGCUGGAAGUGGCCUUGAUCAAGUGCGUCGUCUUGUGAGUUCCAUGGCAGACGUCCCGGGCUUGACGUUUCUGAAGGUUCUGCUUGACAGCGCCGGGCGCGGACAAAAUUUGGCUACCAGGCUGGCUGAGCUUGUGGAAGGUGCGCUGACACAGGAGACAUUGGCAAGUGUCGAGAUGUCGUCAGCCAUGUUCAUGCCUUUCUGCGUGGGGAUUCUGUCAGCCAUGAGAAUUGACGUGGAUCCACGCAAGUUUUCAGCAGCUGUUGGGGGUUCCUGGUCAGCAGAUCUUCAGGCGCAUGCGCUUCACGCGCGAUCCCAGAACGAUGUAGCAGAGUUGCUACUAAGCAUGCUGAGGGAAAGCAGUGAGAUCAUGGGUCACAGAUUCAGCGAUGUCAUUGACAGCCUACGGUCUGCCUUGCGUCAGGGGCAAGUGAUCCAGCAGAAGAUUGAAGAAAACUCAGAUGAUGCAACUGCAGUCAGCAACACCGUGCAUGGCAUGGUGAGCAGCGGCUACUUGAAGCUAGCCUUGAGCAGUGACACAAUGCGUUUUGAGGUGAAUGGAGCCUUUGUGUUCGAAAGGGAUCAAGUCAAAGUGACAGAGACUCGAGAUAUGCAGCAGCUCACCGAAUGCUCCGACAAAGCAGGUCUUGCGGUGCCCAAAGGUGAGGCUGACAACUCUACGGCUUUGACCCGAGAGAAAGUGCAGAUAUUCACAGGUUGCGUGGAGGGUAUGAUUGGGCUCCGCCAGCAGCUUACCGAGCUGCUCCAGCUUGGCCACCCCUGUGUCUGGGAAGCAGGCGAGCUCAAGUUUCCACAAGAAGAAGAGGGCCUGUCUGCUUCAACUCUCCAGGAGCUGAACGACUGGCUGAAGUGGGCUCAGGAUGCAGUGCAGCAAUGGCGUGCGGCCUUGGACACGGUCCGCGCCAGGUGUGCCAUCAUGAGUUGCAUUCCUGCGCGGAAUGUCAUGAAAGUUGCAGAUGCCAUCCUGAAGCAAGAUACUGGCACAAUGUCCCGACUCAUGUCCCUUGACGUGGACCACAGGCUGAGUUACCUGGAACUUGAUGCGCUCACAGACCUGGAAGGACUGUUUACAGCAUGUCAAAGGCUCAGCGCUGGGGAGGGAGUUCAAGCAGAGUUUCUGGAUACACUGGCGGAGCUGCUGCGGCAGGUGGUCCCAGAGGCAUGCUUGGACAGCUUUUCACCCUUGCACGAUGUUGCAAAGCAGUAUCCCAGGAAACGCGUGCCAGAGGAUAACACGAUGAAAAGCAGAGUGCAGCGGCGGGGAGAGCCCAAGCUUUCUCCCAGGCGAGUCCUCUUGAUCCAGGAGGAGCAGUCUCACGAGGCAGGGAGCCCGUCACUGCAGAGUACUGCGGCCAUCACCGUGCUGUCAGUGCUUUUCCAGCUGGGAGUUGGCCCGCGCCCUGACAACGUCCUGCUCUGUGACGCCAGCACCACCACCGAUGAAGUUUCGCGCUUCUUGCACAGAGCCACGCACCUGGCGUGCACCAGAGCCCCAGACCAACACACAAAAGCGCUGUGCGUCUUUGUUCAUGUGGAUUGCCUGCAGCUUGAUGUGUUGCAGGCGCUGCUGAGCAGGGUAGAUGCUUUGCAAGCAGCUGUUGGGAAGCGCCAGGCAACUGGUGGCGCGCAUGUGGGGAUCGAGGUGCCCUUGGUAUUCACUGUGACCAGGCAUGCCCCCCAGCUGAUGAUUGACAGCCUAGCGAAGGAUAUUUGUCAGCAGCAGCAGAUCAGGAUACUCACGCUUCAAUGUAUCAAGCGUGAACUGCAAGAUGCAGACAAGGCGAAAGCACUAGGACUGCAUUCUGUGGUGACCUCCGACUUCGCCGGAGACGGGAAGACGCACGCCAUUUGCAACCAUGAACGGUGGCACAAGGACAGCCAUGCCAUCCUUGUUUGGGGAGGUGCGCAGACGCGUGGGCAAGCCGCUCGUGCUUUGCGGGAUGUAGGCAAUCGGUCUUCCGUGCGCCUGGAACUGCACAGCUUCGAGGAAGGUGGCGGUGUUGAUGCCGACAUGCUGCUUAUGGAGCUGCUACUCUUCCGCAGUGUCUUUGAUCCAGAGACUUCCGAGUGGGUGCGCCUGCUCUCGGGCACUGCCUUGUUUAUUGAGGUGGCGAACAGCAUCAAGUUUAAGCAGCACGCCUCUGAAGCCUUGAUGCUCCUGUCUGCGCCCAUUCUGAAGUGCAUGCCUGGCAACCUCAAGAUUGAUGCAGACACGCCUUUUUGCUUUGUCGCUGAUGAUCUGCAUCCCGAGACCGCGCAAGAAACCGCACUUGCGUUUGGCCUGGCGGGUGAAGCCUUGCUGCUGAACUAUGAGCAGCGAAGGCUUGUCGGAGCUCGUGAAGACGAAGGGGUUGUUUCCAAAAGGAGUGGUUGCUUCCUGCCGCCAUGCUGA